CGAGAGUGACAAACUGAUCAGUAGUGACAAAACUGACAAUAUGAAAAUCGGUACCCAUAAUAGUGAUAAUGAUAUUCAGAGCCAAAAGGAUGAAAGUCAAAAUGGAGAUGUUUCAAAUCCAAACACGCAUAAUUUGACAGUAAAUUCUAAGGAUGAUCCUGAACAAAGUGUCGAUCAUAAUAUUGAUAAUGUAGGUGAUAAAAGCAACGAAAAAAAUUCUGAGGAUGAAAAUGUGCCCGAAAAACAUAAUGAUCAAGAAAGCGAAAUUAAAAAUGACGAUGUUUCUGAUCAACAUGAAGAGCAGGGAAAACCAUCAGAGACUGAAAAUGAUCUAGAUAAAAUCAAUGAAAAUCCUACCUCGGCUGCUGAAAGCAAUGAAAAUAAUACUUCAACAGAAUCUCCUGAAAAUGAAUCUAAGAAUAUAGAAAGCGAAACUACUCAGGAUGAAACUUCUGUUAAGAUUGAUCAAGGUGUUGCCGAGGAAGGCAAUACAACCCUUUCCUCCACACCAGAAAAAGGGCAAUCAAAGGUAACUGAUGUAAGGGAAGAUUCGGAUUUUGAGGAAUUAGAUGCCCGAAAUUCUUUAAAAGAAUCUAGCGAAGAGUCAAAAUCUUCUGACAAAGAAAGGAAUGAAACAACAGAGUCCAAUAAGGAAGACACUACUACCUCUGCAAUUACCAAAGAACAUGAUUCUGAUGUGACAACAUUAGUAAUUUCCCCAGACACAGAAGAAUCUGGUGAUAAUAUAGAUGAGACCAAAGCAACCAAUCCUCCAGAAUCAAGUAAUGAUUCAGAAGAUGCUACAAAAACACAUGGAGAUGAAACCCCACCAAAAGUUACCAAGGACGAUAACAAGGAACAUCAUGAGGAUGAAGGGAGUCAUGAUGACGAAGGUGUUGCCCAUAAUCAUGAGGAGAAGCCUCAAACCGCAGACGAUAUUCAGGUUGAUGAGAGUGAAUCUUCUUCCCAUGAACCAAAAGAAAAGGAUGAAGAUCAGGAACAAGCCGCACAUCAGUCCGAGAGUGUACAUGUUGAUGACAGUGCAUCUUCCUCAAAAGAACAACAGGAAGAAGCUUCACCUCAUUUAGAGGAUUCCCAGGUUGAUGAACAACAAGACAAAGAACCUGAUCAUGUUGAUGGUAACUCAUCAAAACAUGAAAAUGAGACUCCUUAUGCUGAAGAUACGCAUGUUUAUGACAACGAAAAUUCUUCUUCAAUAGAAAAUCAGAAAAAUGUAACCACUCACCAUGAUGAACAGGCUGAUGAUGAUGGAUUAUGCACAAGCUCAACCAAUGAACAAAAAGAAGAAUCAGUCAUUCCAAACCGUAAAGAAGAAGACUCCCAGAAGGAGGAAGUUGAAGAAAAUGAGCAAAGUGAUCAAACUAAUGUAGCCGUAGUAAAACCAUUAUCUCCAACACCUACUAAAGAUUUAGAUACAAGGGACAGUGAUGAAGAGGAAGUUGGAUCCAAAGUUGAAGAGCAGGAAGUAGAAACUGAAAAGGAUUUAUCAAAAGAAAGUCCUCAACAUUCAAGUGAGUGUGAUCCAACCACAGAAAAGGAUACUGAAAAUAGUCCACAGCACGACUCUGUAGAUUAUUCUCAAAGUCCUCAACAUUCAGAGGAGUCUCAUAAUGACGACUCUAUUGGCAGUUAUCAAGACAACCACAAAACAGAUGACCAUGAAGAUCCUCAUUCUGACACAACUGGUGCAAUUUCUAAUUUUGAGAAUAAUGACAAUCUUCCUGCUGGUCAACCUCCUAUUUCCACCACAUAUCAACAGAAAGAUGAAGAAGAUACAAUUAAGAAUUCUAAUGAGGAUGGUAAACCAGAAAAUAAUGACACUGAAGAACAAACUGUAAGCAAACUGAAUGAGGAAAAUAACCAAGGAGAAAUAGAAUUAAUCGAGCGUCCCUAUAUAUGGGAAGAUGAUGCAGAAGGAACUAAUGAUAUUGAGGCCUCAAAUAAAAAUGAAUCAGAAAAAGCAAAGAGGGAAGCAGAAGAAAAAGAAAAGGCUGAGGUAGAAGAAAAGAAUAAGGCAGAAGCAGCAGAAAAGGAAAAGGCUGAAGCUGCAGAGAGGGAAAGGGCUGAAGCUGCAGAGAGGGAAAAGGCUGAAACUGCAGAGAGGGAAAAGGUUGACGCUGAAGAGAAGGAAAAGGCUGAAGCUGCAGAGAGGGAAAUGAUUGAAGCUGCAGAGAAGGAAAAGACUGAAGCUGCAGAGAGGGAAAAGAUAGAAGCUGCAGAGAGGGAAAAGAUCGAAGCUGCAGAAAAAGAGAAAGAAGCUGCAGAACGGGAAAAGGCUGAAGCUUCUGAAAAAGAGAAGGCCGAAGCUGCAGAAAGAGAGAAAGCAGAAAUUGAAGAACGAGAAAAGUCUCAAGUGGCAGAAAGAGAGAAGGUAGAAGAAACUGAGAGAGAAAGGUUGAAAGCCGCUGAAAAAGACGGUGCAGAAAAGACUUCUAUGGGUUCUCAGACAGAAACUGAACAGAAACCAACAAAACCAAAACAAAUUCAAAAAAAUGAAGGGGAAGAAAAAGAGGACUUUACGAAAAAGAUGUUUGAAAAACAUUCUCGAAAAGUUGAAGAACAUGAUGAGAGAGGUCAAGACAGACAUCCUACUCCAGUACGAGAUCCGACACCAGAGCCUACAAAGUCUCCAGAGCCUUCAAUGGAAACUGAGCAAAAAAUAAUUCAAACAACAGAAAUUGAUGAGGAUGAAGUGCGGGGAAAGGAUAAGAAUCAGAAAGAAUCCUCAGAGGAUAUUUUGAAAAGAGGUGAAGCCUCAACGCCAGAAUCUAAAGAAGAUUGCACAGCAAAGUCUACAGAAAAAGUUGAGAAGACUGAAAUUAAGGAGGAGGAGAAAAGCAUCCAAGAAGAAAAGCCCAAGCCCCUAAAAUCACAACAAAAUAUUUACAAAGAACCAAUGCGCAGAGGUUCAAGAGCCUCUGAAAAAUCAACCACAACUCCAAGAAAAUCGUCAGUGAGAAGCUCACGUGCAGCACCAGCUGCUGUCCAACCCAAACAAGAGCAGUCUAAAGCAACAGUAAGGAGUAGACCGCGGGAAGUCCACAGACCAUCCUCACAACCUCAACCCUUGAAAAGGGAAAAAACGGAACCUCCACCAAAGAUCAAGCAAAGUCAACGUGGUCCCGAGACCGGUAGUGAAAGAUCUCGACAUUCUUCUUCGUCAUCUUCCCAGAAGCGACUUUUACAAAGAGAGACUGUCAGAUCACCACAAAGAAAACAGCGACCAAUGACUACAGGUGUUCGAGAUUCUUCUGAUGGCCGUGCUGAACAACGAGAAUUCUUUAGACGUGAGUUGACGAGGAUAGAAGAAAAUUUAAAAAAAGAGUCUUCCAAGAUACAAAAGCCUUCUCAAAAAAAACAUACACCGUAUAUAUUUAAUGAUCUAGCACCUUACUAUGAUACGUAUACGGCCAGAUAUUUAAUAGAAACACCAGAAGAAUUACAGCAUGCCUAUACGAGUAGAUGUACGGCCAUUGGUUUAAUAGAUCCCUGGAAGAACUUGGCUAUGGAUCAGUCGGUUCUUCCAGUCAUAGAAUCUAAACCAGUUAAUAGACAGGAAAAACAACUUAAGAAAGAUAAGAAAAUACAAGAACGAGCAAAGAAAGGUAAAAAGGAAGGAAGUACAAGACUACCCAAGUACCCUGUUGUUACCUUAGAAACGGCUGACUUAGCGAAUAAACAAUUAUAUUAUAGUGAUGUUCCUAUGUUACGAGAAGAACUUCGUCAAAAAUACAGCGCAAAUGCUACCAAGAAGGUUGAAGAAGAUUACGAGAAGACUAAACAAGAUUUCUAUCGAAUGGACCUUGAUAAACUAAACGAAGUCCAUCCCGUUAAUAGACAGCAUAUGAAAAGCACAUACUUCGCUUAUCUUCAGAAUACGCCUGGUUCGAAAAAAGCAGUCAACGAAUGUGUGAAAAGUGUAGAAAAAACGAGCAAAGCUAAAUAAAUUAUUUAUAUUUUACUGGGACAUCAUGUUUUAUAAUUGGGUGUAUUGAUAUUGUAUUAUUUUAAAAGAAAAAAUUCAAAUUUCAUCUUUGACAGGGGCAUCUUAACAGCAUUAUAGGCCCUGGGGCAAAGUAGUGAACUGGAGCCCCUGCUUACACAAAAGGGGAAGAACGAUGUAAGUCACUUUUUUUGUCUUUUCGCAUAAAAGACUUUUGGACGAGAAUGCUUGAUGCGAACAGAACAACUUGGGCUUAAUUACAACUUCUAAAUGAUGUUUAAUACGAAUCAUAAUUACGAGUACAACAACUGACUUCAACUUUUUAGCCAAAUUAAGGUCAAAUAAAUACAAUUGACUUGUAUUUUUCCGGGAGGCCAUUUCAGAAGGGCCUUGGUUCGAUGCGACUUUGAUUGUUUUUACCCAAAAUAGUUUGUUCCACAGAAAGCUUAUACAAUUUGCUACCAGAUGGCACCAUUAAUUGGGGUUCGUUGAAAAAGUGACUAUGAUCAUUCUUCCCUGGGGCUCUUCAAAUGUAAAUGGUGGAUAAAUUUAUUGUAUUGGUACUUAAAACAAAAUCAGUGUCACAAUAUACAUAGAUUAGCAUGAGGCACCUUUGCUCGUGGAGCCCCGCAGGCAAUUGCCCAGGGUGGCCAUGUGUUCAGACGGCCGUGACCUUGUCUGUAAUCUUUCACCACAGGCCUAUAUAAUUAUUGUGAACUUUUGCAUAAAGUACUUGUGGAGAUUUUAGUCAAAUUGAUUAAUUUUCCGCUCCAUUAUUCAUUAUAGAUUACACUGUAAUCCAGGUAUCAUUAAAUCUUGUGUAUUUAGCACUAAUUUCUUUCACAUUCAUUCAAUAUC